AUGACCAAUACUCUUCCGCUACCAACACUCUUUGGUCAGAGUCUUUCUGCUGCCUCAAAGGCCUCCGAUCUACCUACAGUUGAUGCGAAAACUCAAGAUCUUCUCCAAUUUAGCCUAACUAAUCUUCGGACAUUACAAUCACGUAUCGCGAGUCUUUCGCUAUUUAGUCCAAAUGAAAAUUCCGAAGAUAUAGCUACAAGAGAUCUUGUCUAUCUCUUGGUCCCGUAUGUAUGCGCCCAGGUGCAGGAUCGCGUCAAGGCGGUAGAAAGAGACGAACGGCUGGCAUCACUUACAGUGGCGAAGAACUAUCUUCAGUCUUUUCUGCAGCUCUUAGAUAACUAUGAAAUAAUCCCUGAAGACCAAGUCGCGUUGUACGACCGAAAAGUUUCCAACCCAGGCAACCGGAGGGAACUCAAAAUCAAGCAAUAUCAGGCAGAAAAGGAUCUACGGACGAGAAUUGAGACAAUCCGUAAACGCAGGAAUCAACGUCCUAUCACAAACUCCUCCGACAGUGCAACCGAUUUCGACCUACUCUCUUCCCUCCUUCCAUCCGCCAUGGAUGAAGAAGAGGAAGACUCCUCAUCUACAGAUGACGUACUUCGAGAAACGACUCUGCUUCUCAUUAGGCUUUUCUUCUCUCAAGCACAAACACAGCUUCAGAAUAUGAAUCAGGAAUUGGAAUUGCUAAGGACUGCUCCUCCAUCUGCAUCAACAGCAAUGUCGCGACUGGAAGAUGAUGACGAUCGACGAGGGAAACACAAGGAGAGCGAGGAGAAUAUGUGGAAGAUUGAUGCUCCCACACCUAAGGUCAGUGCUGGUGGACCGUUGCUUGACGAGGCGGGUAAGCCUCUCAAACCAUUCACCAUACUUCCCUCUGGAGCAGGAGAUCGUGCACGUUUUCAAGCGCAAGUAUUUGGUCCGGGGCAUAAUCUCCCUACAAUGUCCAUCGAUGAAUAUCUGGAAAUUGAGCGCCAGAGAGGAAAAUUCAUUUCCGGUGGAGGCCCUGCAUCCCAAAAUGCACCUACGUCUUCCGAACAGCUAGCUCUAGAUGCGGAGAUGGACGGGACACUUGAGGGUGAGGACAAGGCUGAAGUCAAACGGAUCAAGGAUGAAAACUGGGCGAAGUUUACCGAUGAAAAUCCGAGAGGGGCUGGCAAUACUAUGAAUCGAGGAUGA